AUGGCCCAGCAGCUUGAAGAGCUCCAGCUCAUUACCUGUUCACUCCUCCCCGGAGAGUCCUUCACGUUCUCAGAACACUGCGAAGCCUGGUCGAAAAUCCUCGAUACCUACAUCCAGGACCCGGAUCAAGUUGAUUCAAGCCACCUUUUCAAAAUCCCUCCUGCAUGUUUUCACGUCAGUCUCGACAAAUGGACCAUAUGGUUCGAAGUAGAACUUCCUCGAAGGUACCCGGAAUCUGGGGUGAAACCAAUAGUUGUAGUCAAAGGAGAAGAGAUAACGCGUGCGGAGCAGGAGAUGUGGAAAUUCGUUGUCACGCAGAAAUUGGAUGAAGUUCUAGAAACUAGCGGUGGAUACCCUGUUUAUGAGCUACUGUCUUCGCAUCUGAUGCCGAUGUUACACGAACAUGCGGAGGCCCAAAGCCUCAAAAUAUCAACCUCGACUAAGCCUGUAUCUCCCUCGGAUUCAGGAAAGUCAGCCAAAACCUCAGCUGGGAGUCGAGGACAACAAUCAUAUCACGCCCUUUUCACGUCGCAUCAUCUCAUCUCCCCUACCAAACGACGAAACCUUCAGCAGUGGUCUUCAUCACUCGCUCUAUCCGGAUUUGCGAAAGUAGGAUAUCCUGGCAUAAUCUAUGCUAAGGGAGAGAAGGAAAACAUUGAGGAAUUUGUGGAGAAUGUCAAGGCUAUGCAAUGGUUGGCGCUGAAGCUCAGGUUUGCAGAACCUGUGGGCGAAGGUGAAGGUGAAGUCGAGGACGGAGGCCGACGGUGGGGAGAGUUCCAGAAGAUCGGAGAAGUUUUGGAAGAGAUGCGUCGUAUUGGCAGAGAACAGUAUCUCAUUGGGAUGGGCAUUGGCAGCUCAGGUUCAAGCCGAUGA